UUCCCUUUGGUUCCAGACCUCGCAGUGAGCAACCGGAGGAACGGGCGCUGCGAUUUCUGUGUUUUGUGUGUUUCGUGUGCUUUGUACGUCGUUAUGGUUCGGCGUUGAUUAAUAAUAAAGAAAUAUAAAACUCGCCGAUAACGAAAAAACUUUUGUUUCGAUUAUUUUUUUAAAUUAUUUUUUUUCUUCUGUUUUUAUUCAUUUUUUUUUCUUCUGCUGUGCUGCAUAGGAUUUUGCCGGGACCAAAUAGCAAGAACUGACUUCAUUUUGUUGAAGUCGCUUUUGCUGAUCUUUCCAGUAGAGACUAUAACUCCAGUCAAACAUGGAGUUAGCUCAUGCCAAAACAUAUAAAGAAACCCUAGACCAUUUCAGCACUGAUCCAGAAAGAGGUCUAACCCUCGAUCAGGUGAAAAGGAACCAAGAAAAAUAUGGCCCUAACGAACUUCCUGCUGAAGAGGGAAAAACUUUAUUACAGCUCAUUAUCGAGCAAUUCGACGAUCUCUUAGUCAAAAUUUUACUUUUAGCAGCCAUCAUAUCAUUUGUUUUAGCUUUAUUUGAGGAACACGAAGAUGAAAGUUCACAAGUCACAGCUUUCGUUGAACCUUUUGUCAUUCUUCUCAUUCUUAUCGCCAACGCCAUUGUCGGUGUAUGGCAGGAAAGGAACGCAGAAAGCGCCAUUGAAGCUCUAAAGGAAUAUGAACCAGAAAUGGGUAAAGUUGUGAGGCAAGACAAAACCGGUGUACAAAAAAUCAAAGCCCGAGAAAUUGUGCCCGGUGAUAUCGUUGAGGUGUCCGUGGGUGACAAAGUUCCAGCUGAUACUAGAUUAUUGAAAAUUUAUUCCACAACACUAAGGGUUGACCAGUCUAUCUUGACCGGUGAAUCCGUUUCCGUCAUCAAACACACAGAUGCCAUUCCAGAUCCUAGGGCUGUCAACCAAGACAAAAAGAAUAUUCUUUUCUCAGGUACAAAUAUUGCCGCUGGAAAAGCUCGAGGUAUCGUUAUUGGAACUGGCUUAGAUACCGCUAUUGGUAAAAUCCGAACUGAGAUGACAGAAACAGAAGAAGUGAAAACCCCCCUCCAACAGAAACUCGAUGAAUUUGGUGAACAACUGUCCAAAGUCAUCUCCAUCAUCUGUGUCGCUGUCUGGGCCAUCAACAUCGGUCACUUCAACGAUCCAGCUCACGGUGGAUCAUGGAUUAAGGGUGCAGUCUAUUACUUCAAGAUUGCCGUUGCCUUAGCCGUAGCUGCCAUUCCAGAAGGUUUACCAGCUGUCAUCACCACUUGCUUAGCUUUGGGUACAAGACGUAUGGCCAAGAAGAACGCCAUUGUGAGGUCUCUUCCAUCUGUUGAAACUUUGGGUUGCACAUCCGUCAUCUGCUCUGACAAAACCGGAACUCUCACCACCAAUCAGAUGUCCGUCAGCAGGUUCUUCAUCGUUGAGAAAGCAGAUGAUCCCAAAUUCUUUGAGUUUGAAGCUACCGGAUCAACAUACGAACCAAUUGGAGAAGUUUUCAUCAAUGGAGCCAAAGCAAAGACAUCUGACUAUGAAGCUCUGUAUGAAAUGGCAACCAUCUGCGCCAUGUGCAAUGACUCCAGCAUUGACUUCAAUGAAUACAAACAAUGUUUUGAGAAAGUCGGAGAGGCCACUGAAACCGCUCUCACCGUCCUUGCUGAGAAACUGAACCCAUGGAACUUCGACAAAACUGGCAAGUCUCGACGUGAUGCUGCCAUCGUUGUCAACCAAGGAAUCCAAAGCAUGUGGAAGAAGGAAUUCACCUUUGAAUUUUCAAGAGAUCGUAAAUCCAUGAGCAGCUACUGCAUCCCAACCAAAGUGUCUCGAUUGGGAUCUGGACCAAAAAUGUUCUGCAAGGGUGCACCAGAAGGUGUUUUGGACAGAUGCACACACGUUCGUAUCGGUAACACUAAAGUACCCAUGACAUCCGCCAUGAUGAACAAGAUCAUUGAGACCACCAAGGUCUAUGGUACUGGACGCGACACUCUCAGAUGCUUGGCUCUCGCAACACUGGACAAUCCACCUAAACCAGAAGAGAUGGACUUGGUAGAUGCCACCAAAUUCAUUAACUAUGAAGUCAACAUGACAUUCGUUGGUGUAGUUGGCAUGUUGGAUCCCCCAAGGAAGGAAGUCAUGGAUUCCAUCAAACGUUGCCGAGCUGCUGGUAUCCGAGUCAUUGUCAUCACUGGUGAUAACAAAUCUACAGCUGAAGCUAUUUGCCGAAGAAUCGGAGUAUUCGAAGAGAAUGAAGACACCACUGGAAUGUCCUAUUCCGGCCGAGAAUUCGAUGAUUUGCCAGUAAGCGAACAAAGAAGGGCUGUCCAAAGAUCUAGAUUAUUCUCCCGAGUAGAACCUUCACACAAGAGCAAAAUUGUUGAGUUCUUGCAAGCUGAUGGUGAAAUCUCUGCCAUGACUGGAGAUGGUGUGAAUGACGCCCCUGCCCUCAAGAAGGCUGAAAUUGGUAUUGCCAUGGGAUCUGGAACUGCUGUCGCUAAAUCUGCAUCUGAGAUGGUGUUGGCUGACGACAACUUCUCCACCAUCGUCGCUGCCGUAGAGGAAGGUCGAGCCAUCUACAACAACAUGAAACAAUUCAUCCGAUACCUCAUCUCAUCCAACGUCGGUGAAGUCGUCUCUAUUUUCCUCACUGCUGCUCUCGGUCUUCCAGAAGCUCUCAUUCCUGUCCAACUGUUGUGGGUCAACUUGGUCACUGAUGGUCUUCCCGCCACUGCCUUGGGCUUCAACCCUCCCGAUUUGGACAUCAUGGACAGGCCACCAAGGAAAGCUGAUGAAGGCCUCAUUACUGGAUGGUUGUUCUUCCGAUACAUGGCUAUUGGAGGUUACGUCGGCGCUGCAACUGUUGGUGCUGCCGCCUGGUGGUUCAUGAUUUCACCCGAAGGUCCUCAUCUCACAUACUGGCAGCUCACUCACCAUCUUACAUGCUUCACUGAUCCAGAAAAAUUCUCUGGACAUGACUGCUCAGUCUUCAAGGAUCCUCAUCCAAUGACCAUGGCCUUGUCUGUAUUGGUCACAAUUGAGAUGUUGAACGCCAUGAACAGCUUAUCUGAGAAUCAGUCUCUGAUGGUUAUGCCCCCAUGGAUCAAUCCCUGGCUGUUGGCUGCCAUGGCUCUAUCCAUGACUCUUCAUUUCGUCAUCUUGUACGUCGACAUCUUGUCUUCUGUGUUCUCUGUCACACCUUUGAAUGGCGAGGAAUGGUUUGCUGUGAUGAAAAUGUCUAUACCGGUAGUGUUACUGGACGAAGUGCUGAAGUUCGUCGCAAGGAAAUACAUUGAUGAAACAUCCUAGGUUGAUGACAAGUUUGCAUGUGAUAUUCUCAAAGUUAGUCCUUUCAAGGACAGGAAGAAUUAAAAAAAAUACUCUACAGGUGUUCCAGUACAAUUCAUUUUCUAGUUUCUCCAUUGAUGUCCUUGUAUAAUAACUAUGAGAGGAAAAAGAAAAAUAUUCGAAAAAAAAAUUAUGUGUUGUGUCUAUGUGCUAUCCUAAUCAAUGACAAGUCUUUGACUAACCCUAUAAGAAACAAAAACGAACCACCUGAAGAAUCUUCAACAGCAUAAAUUUUCUCUGUUUGUGGUAAUCUACUGCAACGCCAUCUAUCGACAUCCUCGUCACUGAAGGGUAAACCUAAGUGUCUCUUCCUGUUGCCUUGAAUUAAAAUCUUUGUAAAUUGGAAAUUGUCGAUGCCCCGUUCUGAGAUAGCCGAACUCUGGAGCCUUGUCGUCCUGGACUUUUAUACGGAUUGUGAUACCAGAAAACGGCUGGAACGUGCCUCGCCAACUUUCGAAACAUCGGAAUAUUUUCUUUUUUUUUUAUGUAAAAAUAAAAAAAAAUAUUAGAAUUUCGAUUUUUUUUUCUUCUUUUGAGUAUUAUCUGGUCAAACAAAGAAAAUUGCGAGGAGAGGUGCCUAAUUCUCUCAAAUUUGAGUGUUAUCCCCUUCUAGGACAUAUUUAGCUAGAAUUUCAGGGUUGCGUAAUUUUUUUUAAAAAAAUUAUAUCAUUCUGUGAUGUUCUUAAGAAUGUUGAUAGUAAUAAUUUAAUCCUUGGCAUUUAGAUUUAGUUUAGUUUCUAUGUAAAAAAAACUAUAUUUGUCUGUAAAAUAAACGAAAACGCGUGUUUUUAAUUUUUUUUUGUUUGAAUGUGUAAUUAUAUAUAUAUAUUAAACAGUGUGUAAGCCAGAAGUCAUUUUCAUUAAUUUAUUUCGUUUUCUGUUUUUGCUCAUCAGUGUUAAAUUAAAAAGGGCCAUUGAAAGUGUUAGAUCAAUUUUGGGCUUUAAGAUUUUAAUUUUAAAGAAAUCCCUCGUUUUAGGUGGAUUCUUUUUUAUGAAUGAAAAAAAAAAACGAAAUACGUAUAUUUUACCACCAGGGAUUUUUUUUCUGAAUGACUCGCGCGCCAACUAUUAACAACGAAAUAAAGCUUUAUGCAUAGGAUUAUGUUAUUAGAGCUGAACAUAGGAGUUUGAGGGGGUUUCUUAAGACUAAAAUCUUUUGAAAGAAAUUUUAUUUGUGGAAUAUUCAAAAGAACAUUUACUGUUCCUUACUGGCAAUGAAAUUGAGCUUCGAGGGCAUCCACUUGCUGAUCCAGAGGACGUUAUCUCUUCUUCUCCUGCUGAUCCAAAGGGACGAUAUGUGUAGCGACGUGGAUUCAAGAGCCUGAAAAGUGUUCAUCCUCCUACUUGCACAAUGUCCUAUUCCUGUGGCAAUCGUUCAAGCCCGUGAUCAAAUUUUGUAUAUUAAUCCCUGUACAGUAGAGACAAAAAUUAAAAUUAUAUAUAUGAACCA